AUGUCAUUUGUCACAGUUCUACCAAGACUAGACAAAUUUGCUCCUAGAGCCAGGAAGGCUGUUCUCAUGGGUUAUUCAGAGACACAAAAGGGUUAUAGGGUGCUAGACAUAGAAUCCAAAACCUUCUUGGUAAGUAGAGAAGUCACCUUCAUGGAGCAUGUUUUUCCAUUCAAGACCAACUCAGGAGAAUCUAAAGACAUAUUCCUACCUGCAGAUCCACUUGGAUCAGUCUCUUUUGUUGCUGAUGCUGAUCUAAGGGCAGCACCUCCAUCUAUUGAUCACACCAUACAACCAGUUCAGGCGAUAGAGCCUGCUGAGCAACUGCCUCCAGCUGAACCUAUUGAACAGCAAACUCAAGAUGGCUUGGAGAAUACUACCAUACUUGAAUUCACCACAAACACUGUGGCUGAUAUAGAUCAAGUAGAACCUGUGACUGACGAUGCAGUGGCAGUUACCACUGCUGAGAAUCCUAGCAGACCAAGUAGAACCUCUAAAGCUCCUGUUUGGCACAGAGAUUAUGUUCUGCAACACAAAGCCAAUUCAGCCUGCUUAGAUCCCAGUGGAGACUGCUUAUACUACUCUCAUCUUAGUGUUGCAUAUCAAGACUAUGUUGCUGCUUUUUCAGUUGCCCUAGAACCAUCUAAUUUCAAGGAUGCUUCUAGGCAUGAACAUUGGGUUGAGGCAAUGCAAGCAGAGGUGGAUAAUUUGGAACAGAACCAGACUUGGGUGGUAGUUGACUUGCCUCCUGGUAAGAAAGCUAUUGGUUCUAAGUAG